AUGGAACCAAAGAUCCCUGCAUAUCAAGCAGGUGAGGACAUUGAAAAUUACCUGCUUCGCUUUGAGCGAAUGGCCAAAACCUGGAGAUGGCCAGAGACUGAGUGGGCGUGUCGCCUGGUUCCACUGCUGUCUGGGAAAGCACUGGAGGCCUACACGGCAAUGGACAAGCAGCAAGCCUACAAGGACCUGAAAGACGCACUCCUGUUGAAAUUUGACAUCUCGCCAGAGACGUAUCGCCAGCAGUUCCGGUCUGGCCUCUACCGACGUUGGAUCCGUCCGGAGCAACACACCAAGGAGCAGAUCGGGGAGAUCGUCAUCCUGGAGCAGCUGCUGAGGGUACUUCCACCAGACGUGAGGACGUGGGUGAAGGAGCACGAACCGGAGGACGGCCUUACUGCUGCACGGCUCGCGCUGCAGUACUUCAACGCCCGACGAGGGACGUCGUCCACCAGGCCCUUUGGUGGGGAUCAGCGUCGUUCCAUCCAAGCCGGCCCACCGGGUCCCAUACGGAGAGACUUCAACCAGUCAUCUCAAGGUACCAACCCAGCCCCUAGUCAGCGAAUGGCCGGUAAGGACCUUGUGUGCUUCUAUUGCCAGCAGCCUGGUCACAAAGCCUCUGUAUGCCCAGUUCGCAAGGCUAAAUUCACAGGUGCUUGCUAUGCACCUAGACUAGAGACUGACUUGAGUACAGGGUCUGGCAUCACUGAUGAGAACACUGUGCAGCCUCUCAAGUCUGUGACUGUAAAUGGACAGCAAGUUACUGCUAUGUUGGACACUGGAAGUUUUGUUUCUUUGAUUAAACGGAGUCUAAUUUCUAUUGGUGGUCUGGACUAUAGCAGGCAGACAAACGUUGUGUGUGUACAUGGUGACAAGCACCUGUACCCAAAAGCCGACGUAACCAUAACUAUUAAUGAGCAGCCAUAUCUUUUGACUGUUGGAGUGGUAGAAAAGCUACCUGUUGAUUUGAUUUUGGGUUGUGAUUUACCUGUAUUAAAAGAUCUGUUAAAUGAAAAUGCUAUCGCUGAUCCUAGCAACCAAGCUGAGGUUAAUGUCACUGUCUCUCAGCACCCGUGCUUACCAGGGCACAGGCCAAAGCUGGGGUCCAAGGUCUUCCACCUGUUGAUGACAGCCUCUUUGAGAGUGGCAAUCAAAUGCCAAAAAAGUCCCGUCGUCAGAGACGGUUUGAGAAAAAACUUAAAUUACCUGAGCCAGAGAUUUCUAUGCCAGAUGAUGCAUUUAAAAUACCUGAUAACAUUUCAAAUCUGCAAAAAGAUGUAGUAACCUUGAAGCCUUCGUUUGCUAAGGUGACAACUAAAAAUGACAACUGUUUGGGGUGUACGCAGUUUAUUAUUGUUGAUGAUGUUUUGUAUGCUGCUGAUGGUGAUCACAAACGUAUAGUUGUUCCAACCACCUGCAGGCCACUCAUCAUGCACCUCGCACACACACUUCCAUGGGCAGGUCACCUAG